CCAGAAACAUCCAUUAAAGUCACUGAAGGGCAGGUUUUAACCCACGUCUCCUGUUACCUAUAAAAGAGUCUCAGUUAGAGCAGCCAAACAUCAGACCACCUGAGAAAAGAUUUUUCCGAGGAAAAGACUCAACCAGAACAACAUGGCUCGACUGACGCUCCUGGCAGGCUUGUCUCUUUUGUUGUGCCUUCAAAUUGUUUCUUCCACCAAACUGGUCUGCUACUUUACCAACUGGUCCCAGUAUAGACCAGGUUCUGGUAAAUAUCUCCCUGAAAAUGUAGAUCCCAACAUCUGCACACACAUGAUCUAUGCCUUCUCAAAGAUUAGUACUUCAAAUGAGCUGUCAAUAGUUGAGUGGAACGAUGAGGUUCUUUAUCGCUCCUUCAACGGACUGAAGCACAGAAACCCCCAGCUGAAGACUCUGUUGAGUGUUGGUGGGUGGAACUUUGGAACAAAACAGUUUACCCUCAUGGUUUCAUCACGUGCCACCCGCCAGGUCUUCAUCCAGUCUUCCAUCCGGUUCUUGAGGCAGCACGGCUUUGAUGGGCUGGACCUAGACUGGGAGUACCCUGGAGCACGUGGAAGCCCAGCAGCGGACAAGAUGAAGUACACAUUGCUCUGCCAGGAAUUAUUCUCUGCGUUUGUGAAGGAGGCAGCUGAGACCAACAACACCCGCUUGCUGCUCACAGCUGCAGUGGCAGCCGGAGAGCGAUUUAUAGAUGGUGGUUAUGAGGUUGCUGAAAUUUCCAAGUAUCUGGACUUUAUAAGCGUCAUGACCUAUCGCUACCAUGGAUCCGAGGCUGGAAUCAUUGGCCACAACAGCCCUCUGUACACCAGUUCUGCUCUCGAAAGCCAAUACGUCAACCACAACAUUGACUUUUCCAUGAAACAUUGGACAUCUCUUGGCGCUCCUGCUGAAAAGCUGCUGGUUGGUUUUCCCACAUUUGGACGCACAUUUCGCACAAGAUCAGCAGAUGCUGGAGUUGGAUCCCCGAAUGGCGGAUUAGCCUCCAUUGGGCCAUACACCCGAGAACCUGGAUCUUGGUCAUACUAUGAGAUCUGCACUUUCCUUAAUGGAGCAACAACUCAUUGGAUUGAUGAACAAAAGGUUCCCUAUGCAAUCAAAGGCAACGAGUGGGUGGGCUUCGACAACAUGCAGAGCUUUGAAAUCAAGGCUCAGUAUGUGAAAGACAACAGAUUUGGAGGUGCAUUCGUCUAUUCUCUGGAUAUGGAUGACUUUACUGGUGACUUCUGUCGUCAGGGAAAAUACCCCCUUGUUAGUCAUCUGCACUCUCUCCUUUAUUCAGAAGUUCUUCCACCCACCACAAGCCGCCCCAGUCUGGAGACUACAGCAACUCCUGUUUUUGGAAGAGGUUUCUGCUUUGGGAAGAUUGAUGGCAACUAUGUAAACGUCAACAAUCCAACCACCUUCUACCAGUGUGUCAGUGGAAUUACAUACAUUCAAACGUGUCCAGCUAACCUUAUUUACAAUAAGAGGUGUGAUUGUUGCGUCUACCAUUAAAUACAUUGCUGUAUUCAUCAAACAGGAAUGUUCUGUGUUGUUCAAACUGUGUCCUGUAGUAAAGGUGAGUAAUCAAGGUUUGCAAUGCCAUAAGAUUAAUUGCCAAGAAGUAUUGUUACAAUAAAUAAAUAAAUUGUUCGGGCA